GCACGUCCCACCACUGCAUAGCAAUUCAAAGCUCCUAAAUACUGUUCAAGAUCCCCGCAGAGAUUUAAUCUUCUAAAUAUAAAUCUUCCUCUGAAACAUAAAUAAGCACCAUGAGAUCAAUUGCAGCAGCUGUGAGCUUCUUCACUUUAUGGCUAAUUUCCCUGGCCAUCUGCACUGUGGCUCAAACAGCAGUGCUAGAUACCGAAGGACAGCCUCUGGAAAGUGGAGUAGAAUACUACGUACUGCCAGCAAUAACUGAUGUAGCCGGGGGGUUAACCCUAAUCAAUCGCAACAAUUCCUGCCCAUUGUAUGUUGGUCAGGAGCCCAUGACACGGCCGGUUGUGUCACCGGGCUUUCCAGUCGUCUUCAAGCCAUACGCUAAUAAUGGAGAGACAAUCAUCAGGGAGUCCAGGGACUUGACUGUUACGUUUCAAGCAAUCACAACCUGCAUCCAAUCUAAUGCUUGGAGGGUAGGGGAAGAAGACCCUGAGACAGGAAGGCGAUUCAUUGUGACUGGAGGAGAACCAGAUUACUUUGCCAUUCAAAGCAAUAGAGGUGAUUACAAUUUCGUAUGGUGCCCUACUGAGUCCUGCCCAACUUGUGAUAGACCAAGGUGUGGGUCUGCUGGAAUUUUGAUUCAGAAUGAUCAGGCGUUCUUAGCCUUGGAUGGUCCGGCAUUUCCAUUCCAAUUUAGGAGGGUUUAAGUGAUUCUCUGUGCGCAUGUUUCAUAAAAUACUAUGUCGUUUUGGCAUCGAAUUUUAUUGUAAUAAUGAUGAAUUGAUAACAUGGAGAGAUGUUUCCAUGGUCAAUACGUAGAAUAAAAUAUAAUGGGAAUAUAAUAAAGAUAUGAUUGUAUUUCUUAUUAUAUUAUUAUUAUUAUAUAUAAAUAUAUAUAUUUUAGUUA